AUGAUUAUGAGUCAGCUUCUCGGCGGCGUCGAUUACCAGCGUGCCUCGUUUCGCAACACCACCACCUCCCAAUCCCAAGUCGAAUCCCUAAUUCCCCUCGUCACCAAGCGAAUCGGCGCCGUAAUUGAGGACCUAAUCGAAUUCGGGGCCGUCAAUUUCGUCGUCCCCGGGGAUUUCCCCAAGGGCUGGUUCCCUUCCUACCUGACCAAAUUCCAGAGCUUGAAUCAGAGCGAUUACGACCCCACCACCGGCUGCCUCGUCUACCACAACUGGUUCUCCGCCCGCCACAACAAGUUGCUGAAGAAGGAGAUCGAGAGGAUAAGGAAAGUGCACCGCCACAUCAGCGUCCGCUACGCCGACUAUUUCUCGACGGGGAUCCGGAUGCACCGGAACCCGGAGAAGUACGGGAUCGUUAAGGCGACGAUGAACAAGGCCUGCUGCGGGGCAGGUGGGCCCUACAACUACAACCCGGCUGCGGUCUGCGGCCGGGUCGGGGCGGUGGCGUGUGGGAACCCGAAGGCGUAUAUAAUUAUAAAGUGGGACGAUCAUCAUUACACGGAGGCGGCUAACAGAGUCAUCGCCGGCACUAUGUUCAAGCGUCGGUUCCAGUACCGUACUGCGUGUAAAAAUCUGUUUCUUCUCCCUCAUUUCCCAGAAGAAGCAGCUCUGGAAUCAUCUUCGCUCCGCACUCACGCGUCGACGAUUCUGCUCGUGAUCGGCUGCUGCUCCUACACUUUCUUCCAUCCGACAACGAUCGAGUCAAACCGCGGCGACAGGCUCUCCCUCGAAGGAACAAACUUGCGGGGGAUUCCGGCGGCCGGCGACGACGACGACCACGAAGAAGAAUAGCCCGAACUUUCCUCUGACGAUGAACUCGACCCUUACGAGCGAUACCGCCGCAAUUUAGAAGACGACCAAGGCGGCGGCGACGACGACUACGUCACUUACCCAGAAUCAGAUGACUACGUCUCGGAUCUCGUCGGGACCGAAGAAUACCGCGUCGGAGGUGGCGCGAGGAACAGGAGAGGCCGCGAGGUUCCGGUUCCCAAUCGAACGCCGCAGUUGAUACGUUCGGAAGAAGAAAUUAGACAUUAGAAAUUAGAACGGUGAGAUGCG